CGACUUCCACCUCCCACCACACACACAAUGCUCGCCGCCGCCCCACGCCUCCUGCGCACCGCGCUCCCCCGCCUCGCGCGCUCCACAUCGACGCUGGCGCCCGGCUCGUCCCGCGACCCCCUCCACCCGCACCUGCACUACCACGCGCAGCCGGCAACGCAGCCGUCGCGCAUCACCCUCUCCCUCCUCCCCACCCCAAGCAGCGCGCACUCUCGCUGCGUGCUCGGCUACCUGCCGCCCGUGGCCGACGCGGGCCUGAACGACUUUGUCGAGAACCCGCGCUUCCGCGACGUGCUCCACGCCGCCAUCAAGGACGGGCUCGCAAAGGGCGUGAGCGAGAGUGUCGAGUUCGAGGCGGGCACGCGGCCCGGCGACGGGUUCAUGCACAUCACUGACGAGCGCGCGAUCCCCCCCGCCGGACGGAUCGGCGAGACGGAGGACCUCAUCGGGAGCGUGUACGUCGAGAACGGCAAGAUCGUGCCCUCUACAUACGAGCCCCAGCCGAGCUACCGCCUCGUCACGAGCCACGGCGUCAUGACCCUCCCCCGCGGGCUGGACGAGUACGUCGUCGGCGUGCUGAGGGAGAUUGAUGCCGCCGAGCGCGGCGAGGCAGACGGCGAGCAGUGGUAGGCGCGUGAGCGCGAGCCGAGCGAGCGCUGGCUGGCGAGUGUUCUCAUUGGGUUAGUUAGAGCUAGAUGUAGUAUCACCAUUCA